GAAAUAGGUUUUGGCCAGGAGCUGAGCUCGGAGACUUCUGGGAAAUGGAGUCCGGUGGGGCGGGGAGAUCCGUACGCAUGACCGGAAGUGGCGCUAUUGGAGCGACGCACGGGAGCUGGGCCUGGUGUUUGGUAGUGGCUGCGGCGGCGGUUUCUGAGUUCGAGCUGGGAGCCUGUAGCGUUCUGGAGUAGCCGGCAGCGGGUUUUUCCCUGCGGCGUUCUGCUUGAGACCGGGCUGGUGGUUGCUCCACGGACUCCUGAGCCGCGAGGCCUGGCUGCCGCUGGGAACGCUGAGAGACCUGGCUGGACGGGCACGACCCGAGCUCCCAGGGCCCAGCAUCGCAGGCUCAGACCCGGCCUCUGAGGGGAGAGGCCGGAGAGAAGAAGGGUCCAAGCCGGGAGCAGUCAGAGCAGGCCUGCAGAGCGCGGCCGGGGCUCAGAGAACUGCUGGGAGGCGGUGGGACCCAAAUGCCGGAGGAAGGAGAGCUGCCUUCUGCAGGCACUGCCCUUCCCCAAGACAAAAGCACAGGAGAUGAAGGAAUGGCAGCUGGUCUCCUCCCAGUUGGGGCCCACGUAAGUUGGAAAUGUACUCUGAGAGGGGUCCACGCCCUUCAGCAAUGUGACUGUAGCUUUUACCCAGGAUGGGUGGAGGCACUUGAUCCCUGCUCCAAGGGGGACUCCAAGGUUCAAGGAGGGGAUACCAGAAAAUGCCAGGAAUCUGGUCCUGCUGGGACUUCCAGUUUCCCAGCCCGGCAUGAACUCCCAGUUGGAACAAAGGGAAGAAGGCCCAUGGAUGCUGGAGGGAGGAGGCCUAAGGAGUACCUGUCCUGGGGGGAGAAAUGCUUUUCUAAAUGUUUUUCAGACUGGAAGAUUAUGUCUGAAUCGCCACCCGAGCAUGACAUUUCUGAAGAUUCAUUCCAAGACACAAGUAUAGAGCUGCCCCCUGGGGAGUCUGCUCACGGGGACACUGAACUGGGGAAGAGCUUCAACCUGAGACCAGUCCUUUCUCCACAACAGAGAGUUCCUACAGAAGUGAGACCCCGUAAAUGGGAAACACACACACAGAGCUUCAGGAAGGAUUCCCCUAUUAUGAAGCCCCACAGAGCAAGACCAUAUACAUGUGGCGAGUGUGGCAAAGGCUUCAGUUACUGUUCUUCCCUUUCUCAGCACCAGAAGACUCACACCGGGGAAAAACCCUACGAGUGCAGCGAGUGUGCGAAGGCUUUCAGCCAGAGCUCGUCUCUCAUUCAGCACCAGAGGAUUCACACCGGAGAGAAACCCUACAAAUGCAGCGAAUGUGGAAGAGCCUUCAGCCAGAACGCAAACCUCACAAAGCACCAGCGAACUCAUACCGGAGAAAAGCCCUACAAAUGUAGCGAGUGUGAGAAAGCCUUCAGUGACUGUUCAGCCCUUGUUCAGCAUCAGAGGAUUCACACCGGGGAGAAGCCCUAUGAAUGCAGCGACUGCGGGAAGGCCUUCCGUCACAGUGCGAAUCUCACAAACCACCAGAGGACCCACACGGGGGAGAAGCCGUACAAGUGCAGUGAGUGUGGGAAGGCCUUCAGUUACUGUGCCGCCUUUAUUCAGCAUCAGAGAAUCCACACCGGGGAGAAACCCUACAAGUGUGCUGCAUGUGGGAAGGCCUUCAGCCAGAGCGCAAACCUCACAAACCAUCAGAGGACUCACACGGGAGAGAAACCCUACAAGUGCAGCGAAUGUGGAAAGGCCUUCAGCCAAAGCACAAAUCUCAUAAUCCACCAGAAGACCCACACUGGGGAGAAGCCCUAUAAAUGUAAUGAAUGUGGGAAAUUUUUCAGUGAGAGCUCAGCCCUUAUUCGACAUCAUGUAAUUCACACAGGAGAAAAACCCUAUGAGUGCAAUGCGUGUGGGAAGGCAUUUAACCAGAGCUCAUCCCUUAGUCAGCAUCAGAGGAUUCACACUGGUGUGAAGCCCUAUGAAUGUAGGGAGUGUGGGAAGGCCUUCCGGUGUAGCUCCGCUUUCAUCAGACACCAGAGACUCCAUGCUGGAGAGUAACCAGAGAUAGGACCGAAGUGGGCGGGGACCCGGCAGGAAAUGCAGGUAGUCUGAAAAACAUCGGGAGACCUCGGAGUCUUAUGGUCUGUAGCUCAGAGCCACACCAAAAGCACCUUUAAUAAAUAGCCCCGAUUUUACAUGUUGCAGGUGGAAAGUCUCAGGAGCACUCUUCUUUCUCAACUCUUCAAGCACCAAGAACCCAACUCAAAUUAUACUGGAGAUUACCUUCAUUCAGUGAGCCCAACUGCAUUUGGUAUAGCAAGCACUGCAGAAACCAUAAGGAGUAAGUGAUUAAUGAGUGAAGGACUUGGUUCUUUCUUAAAGGCCAGGUAUUUUGGGGAUGGUUCUUGAAUGAGGGCUAUUAAAAGAACCAACACUGGACAGGAAUGAACGGUUUCUCCAUAAUAGGGAGUAAUUCAAGUUGAGGAAAGGUUCUUCAUGUUAUAAUCUCAUCGGGGUGGGGGAGAGAUAUCCACUCUUUUAAGCUCUAUAUAGGAAAAUCUAGACACUGCCAGGCCCAGUCUGUACUUGAGAUGUUCAAGUGUUUGCUGCUGCUAUAAAGAAAACACCCAGAAGGUAAGAACAGGCUGAGGGUUAAUCUAGAAGCCAGUGAAAUGUAUGGUAUACCCCUGUGUGGAGCCACUAGGACAACCUGAGGCCUGCCAUCUUUCCCCAGCUCAUGGGCCAGUGGGGCCUUCAUUUUCCUUCCUGGAGAAGUUUCCUUUACAGCAAGAUUUUCAUUAUUGGCCCCUUUCUCCCUUGCUGGGUUCUGGGUCUUUGUCUUUUGACAUGCCAUCCUCAUACCCAGCCAGCAGGACCUCAUCUCCGAAAUAAACCCAUGUGGUUUGGGUUUAGGUAGCCAUUUGACUUGAGUCCUAUUCUGCUAUCACCCAAGGCCUCUAGCUCUGGUUUCUUGCCCACUUGGCCCAGGUCCUGGAAGGCUUAUCCCUCCCUCAUUCACCUGAAUUUUCAGGUAAUCCUUCCCACUACAGUUCUCCAACCCUGCUUAUGGGGGAGGGGAGGAAAUUAAAACCCACCUACUUUAAAGGCCUAUUGAUAAAUUUAAGGCAAGAAUACAACUAAUGCCAAGGACAUUAAGCUCUUGGGUAAGUUACUCCUAAGCCCCUCCCUUUAGGCUGGUACCCAGAAGCCCCUCUAAGCUACUCAGGUGUAGCUCACCCCAGUACCCAGGUAUUUUGGUUCAUCCUUCCAUUUACCACACACUUAAAAGAAAGGAGUCAUGAGCUCGAGUCAUGAAAAAGAGCAAGACUCGGAAAGACCAAAAGAUGCCAUUAGAAAAUGGCCCUCAAGGACUCCAGACAAAGGUCAGGUUCGCAUCAGUGCCUCUUAAGCCUAGCUGUACACUGGAACUGAUAGGGCUUGCUUGCAUUAAGGGCUACGGGCCCCUAGCCCAACUCAAGAUUGAAACUGGUCUGGGAUGGAGAUUCCUUGCCACGUAUUCAUGCUGAGGUACAAGUUUUCUUUUUGACAAAGAAUUUUAUUCUUAUGAAGAGUUCUAUGCAUAUGCGGCCUACAAAAGGCCAAGAACUUGAGGUGUCUUCUCUGAGCUAGUCCCAUACAGGGCAUCAAUCUGUCACCCAGAAGGAACUUGUUACCCAAAUAGCUACUACUUCACAGGUUCUGCCACCCUGGCCCACCAUCUGACCACAAAGGAGCUAGCUCCCCCAAGGAAGAGGCCACAUCAAAAGGUCCACUGGUUGUCAAAUGAUCCUUUAUUGAAACAUUUUCCUUUGUAGUUAACUCUGUGGGAAAGAAAAAAGAAAUAUGUCAGUAAGACAAAAAAAAAUCUUAUAGUCCAAACCCACUACUGACCAUUUCUAGAACUGUUCCAGCCUAUCUCCAUGAAUACGUUAGCCUUCCUCCAGCUCUCACCCUGCUUUAGGCAAGUGAAACAGAAGUCACUUACAGCUGGGCAUUCCACCGCACCACUGUUGAUGUCAUCUAUGAUGUCAUGAGGGUGGCGGCCAUCAACAUUGCAGCCCACAGACUGGGCAGUCCCCAGGAUUUCUUUAAUGGUUCCUAGAAUUCAGAAAAGUAGCAUCAGAGGAGCUUCAGUCCCUCACGAUCCUCAGAUACCCAUGGGGAAAUAAUUGGGAGUUUCACAGAAGGCAAGGAGGAAUUAAUCCUAUUUUAUGGAAUGACAUUCCCACUCCUCUAAUCCAAGAUUCCGAACUCCAUUUAGUUACGUAAGCUCUUAAUGCAAAGUCUCCACAGGUCCCUUCAUACGCAAACACAUCCAGCCCCUAAUAUUCACUGAUACCAAGCCAUUCUGCCACCCAAAUUGAAGAUCUUACAGUAACUUCCCUUCAAAUUGGGAAAUGCUACCACACACUGAAUACACCCCAUAUAACAAGGUGGUUCUAUGUUGUCCACUUACCAGAGAGUUCUCUGGCUAAAGAUCGGUGUCGCAUCUGUCGGGCAAUAUUGACAAUCUCAUCAAAAGUGAUAUUUCCACUGUGCUUAACUGCAGAAAAGAAAAACAGCGUUUAAGCUUGGUCACCUAAGGCCAAAGCAGACCACAUCAUGCACUCCCCUGUCCUUAUUUCCAGGCUGUUCCCAUGCUUUCGGCACAGAGUCAUCCACAUGCAGAACAACCCUGUUUCCUAAGCUGGGGUUUACUAUCAGCUCACCACUGGAUUGCACCAGCCAACAGAAACUGACCGGGUGCAGUGGCGGGUGGCUGGGGCAAAAUCAAGUCUUUGCUAAUCUUAUACAAAUGAGACUAUUUUAAAUAUGAAAAAAGACAAGUUUUGGUUACUGGGGUUAAGCUGUUCAGAGCAUCAUCCAGCUCAGAAGUGGCCUGAUAACUGGUUAUCAUUAUCACUUCACCCUACUGUUUCCCUCCUGCAAGCACUGAGUAGGGCCAGCCUCACGUUAGGGACUGGGGAGCCACAUGACACUUCCUGGGGGUGCCUGGCUAACAGCUUAUCAAAUCCCUCUACUCCUCCCCCUAGGUUUCAUCAAAGGGAAAACAUGCUGCUAAAUUAUCACACUGGGUAGAUGACACCACUCACAAAUUACCAGGGAAAAGGCCACUCACUGUUUUUCUGCUUCUUUCUGUCUCUUGGUGGUUCCUUGAGGGCUUUGAUAAUCAGGGCAGAGGCAGAAGGUACCACUUCAAUCUGCAGAAGAGAUUCUCCGUGUGAAUAAGCCCCAUUCCACCCUCUAAGGAAGACCACCAAUACUGCGACCUGGCUCUCAAAAAACACGGGCCAGACUGGGUUUGCUGUACAUUCUCGAGUUAUUGUCACAAUCGAAACAUGUUCCAGCCUAAGAGACACAGUGAUUUGCCCAAUGUCACACAGGUGACAAGAGUUAGUAUUAGGCCCACAUCUUUGCUCUUUCUUGACCCAUCCUCUCAAAAAAGCCUUCCCCACACUUAAAAUUGCCCUCAGCAGCUCACGACCGGUUGCAGGUGGCAAAAACCUUCCCCCCAGGAAUCCCAGAGGGUUGCGACCUCUGCCCUCCCCCUCAAACCAAGUACCUGGGCCUGUCUGUUCUGAAUGGUCAGUUUCACCGUAAUCCUUAGGCCCUUCCAGUCACCGGUUGCCUUGGCGAUGUCAUCACCAACCUUUUUUGGAGACUAGAGAACGAAAGGUGUGUCAUCACACUGUGCUCUAAGUUGAUGUACAGUCUGCAAACCCAUCCCUCUCACUUGGCUGACACCCUGGGCCAGCACACAGAGCACUGUUUGAAGCACGUAACUGCACCUGCCAAAUCAAGGCACGGCUAUCACGGUAGCAGACAUCAGGGAGAUGGGGCUAGAGGUGAAGUUUGUUUGGGGAUGCAGGCCCAGGGUCGUAAGAUGGCAAAGUCCCUCACCUACCUACCCUCCCAUAAGGACCCAUGUGAUAACGUAGGAAUUUCCAACACUGGUUACAUUCAAAUCACUUGGGAGAAUUCUAAAGACACCAGGUUUCUGCAAGGAUGGGAUCUGGGCAUUUACUACUUAAGACUUCCUAACGACCACUAGCCUGAACAGGAAAGACGUUCAGCGGGUGCCAACUAAAUGGAGAGCCAAGGAAAAGCGUAACACACUGGUUAAGCAAGCCCACGUGGGAACAAUGUUUGGUUCAGGAGACCAAUGUCCAAGGAAUAAGGGCCUAAUACUAUUCAGAGAAACGCAAGCUCAGUAAAAGCACAAAAUGGAGGAGUGAGUAGAUAGGGAGGGGGUCAUCGGUGAAGCUGGUCAUAUUAAUGAGUAGGUUAUGCAAGCUUCUAUGUUAAGUUCACCAGGAUCUUAACCCACCUCCCAUUUAAUCCUCUCUACCGAUAUUUAACCCCAUGAGUGAUACGCCCAUUGCCCUGACUAAACAACAGGCUAAGCAGGCUGCCCAGAGUCACUAAGCUACUCUUCUAAACCUUCACACAAGACCUCCAGCCCACGCCUCAUGUACGCUUAAGGCCGCAGUUAGAUCUUGACCCCGGAGAGUGAAAGUCACAGCUUCAAAGUAGCACGUUCCAAUCUCGUGUAAGACCUUGUUAUGGGAGCACUUCCGGUUCAGAGGCUCGAGGUGCAGCAGGGGUUGCCAAUCCGUCAACGUGGAAGGCACCUCAGAUCCAGUCUCGUUUGCACAAACCAAUGCAAGCUAAGAAACCGCCCUCCACGAGGAUGACUUACCAGACCCAGCGGGCCGAUCUUCGGGGCCAGGGCAGACGUGGCGCCGACUUCGCCACCGGUGCACCUCAGGUACACUGGGAGAAAGAAAAGAUCAGUGUCCCUGCAGAGGGAGCCCGGAGCCACAGCCCUCUCUCCAAUCUUGCUGGGGCUGACCACUCCGCUCGUCAGUUCUCGGAACAGCACCAAGAGCCUCAGCUGGGAGCGAAGAAAGCCCCCCAACCGCAGCGGGCGAGCCGCCUCCCCCGUGACGUGGACCGCUCCAAGGGCCACGUGGGACAGCGGCCGUCGGCUCAGCUACGGCUACCGAGGCCUGCACCGGGCCGGCGUGGAGACAGCCCGGCCAGCGGCCAACCCAGUGCAGGGGGGACGCGCCCGGGCACAAACCUUACCCUAAGGCGUGCGGGCUGCAAAGCCACCACAGGUCGUCCGGGCCUCCCUCCCCAUUUACACGUGGGGAAGCUGAGGCCCAGAAUGAGUCAGAGGCUCGGCCAGGACCUCACAGCGCCCCGACCGCUGCACUGCGAAGGCCUCUAGCAGGCAGCAACUUAAAAAAGCCCGGCGUGGGAAAGGCAACGGCGGCUGGGCCGGAGGCCCGACGGGCUGCGGGGAGGAGGGAUGCUCCGCUCCAUCUCGCAGCCCCAGCCACAUCUAAAGCACGCACCGACUUUGAUCUCGUUGGGGUCGAACUUAGGCGGCAUGGCGGAGGUGGCUGGUGUCGGAUGAACCCGGAUUCGGGACGACCGAAGAAAGUUGCACCUUUGCCGCCCCGAGCCGAAAGCCAAAA